CAGAAGAGCAAAACAAGGAAUGGGCCAGAUUUCCCACACAGGAUCUCAGGAUCCUGGCUAUAAGGCCUUUGCUUGUACAAACAGGAGAGAAUCUAUGGGAACAUUCGUAGCUAGCUGGAAACUUAAGUGGGGCUUCCAUAAGCUCCCUUACCCCAUGGCAAGAUUUUACGUCAGUGAGUUUCCAGGUCUUUGAGGACCUGCCUGCAAGGGAAGGGCAUCCACAGUAACCACAGUUUUGUGCUGUCUGCAUAAUGCCUGUGAGUUUGGACUGUCAAUCGCUCUGCCCCCAUCGUUAGCGGUCCUCAAGGGCCUUGUUUCUGUAGGCCUGUCCUGGUUUGGAGUUGGGGAGACCCUACUGGCGUUCCAAGGAACUCCUGGCCUCUAGCCCGAUUCCCAGUGACCACAGUGGGGACCUGCAGGAUAAGUGCAUUAGGAGAAGGAAAAUGCGCUAAGAGUACUAUCAGGACAGGUUAACAACGCCUGCAUAGAGCCACUGGGGAAGAAAAGCCUGAAGAUAAGCCAAAACAAGGAAGCCUGGCUUGAAGAGCUUUGCUUGCCCAAGAGAAAAUAUAAUCCAAGAAUGGCCAAAUGGCGGAGGGAAGACCUCGGGGAAACUGAGAGAGCCUUGAUCCUCCAUUGCUUCAGGACUCACUCCCCACUCUGGGCAGGCCCAGGAUACUGGGGAUGCAGCGUGCUUUCCCGAAGCUGUGUCUGGGGCAGACAGACCACAGUUGAUUAACAGGCCAGGAGCAGUCACUGGCCAAUGGAGAAGCUAGGACCAGACUUCUUGUAGGCCUCCCGAGAGACCUUUCCGGGCAUCGCCAAGAAUAAUGGCCUCACCGAGACACCAAGGCCAGUGUUCUCCCAAGCACUGCCAGCGGUCGUUCGGAGAUGGAGCGUCUGAGACGCAGCAACCUGGGCGGAACUCGCCAGGGGAAGAGGCGGCGCGUGUGGCGUUCUGUCCUGCCCUUGCCUGGGGAGCGAUCACGUGGGUUCUACCCGGAGGCGGAACCGCUGCUACCGGGACCUAAAGCCUUGCAGUUCACGGGCGCCUGGAUACCUUAGCCAUGCGCCCCCGGCGCCCUGCCUCCGCUAAGCUGGCGUUUCUAGCUGUGUUCUUGGUCGCGCCCUUGACUCUGGCUGAGACCCCAUACCUGGUGCGUGUGGAUGCAGCUCGCCCGCUGAGGCCUUUGCUGCCCUUUUGGAGGAGCACCGGCUUCUGCCCCCCACUGCCUCAUGACCAGGCUGACCGGUUCGACCUUAGUUGGGACCAGCAACUGAACCUUGCCUACAUUGGUGCUGUUCCGCACAGUGGCAUCGAGCAGGUCCGGAUACACUGGCUGCUGGAUCUCAUCACAGCCAGGAAGUCAUCUAGGCAGGGGCUGAUAUACAACUUCACCCACUUAGAUGCAUUCCUGGACCUCCUCAUGGAGAACCAGCUCCUCCCUGGAUUUGAGCUGAUGGGCAGUCCUUCUGGGCACUUCACGGACUUUGAGGACAAGCAGCAGGUGUUUGAAUGGAAGGACUUGGUUUCUCUCUUGGCCAGGAGAUAUAUCGGAAGGUAUGGACUGACACAUGUUUCCAAAUGGAACUUCGAGACUUGGAAUGAACCAGACCACCAUGACUUUGACAAUGUGUCCAUGACCGCACAAGGCUUCCUGAAUUACUAUGAUGCCUGCUCUGAGGGGCUGCGUAUGGCCAGCCCCACGUUGAGGCUGGGUGGCCCUGGGGAUUCCUUCCACCCCCUGCCAAAGUCACCACUUUGCUGGAGCCUCCUGCGCCAUUGUGCCAAUGGAACCAACUUCUUCACUGGCGAGGUGGGCGUGCGUCUGGAUUUUAUCUCCCUGCACAAGAAGGGCGCAGGCAGCUCCAUCUCCAUCCUGGAGCAGGAGGUGGCUGUUGUGGAGCAGAUCCAGCAGCUGUUCCCUGAGUUCAAGGACACCCCUAUUUACAAUGACGAGGCAGACCCUCUGGUGGGCUGGUCACUGCCACAAACUUGGAGAGCUGAUGUGACUUAUGCGGCUUUGGUGGUGAAGGUUAUUGCACAGCACCAGAACCUGCUGCUUGCUAAUAGCAGUUCCUCCAUGCGCUAUGUGCUCCUGAGCAAUGACAAUGCCUUCCUGAGUUACCACCCACACCCUUUCUCCCAGCGCACACUUACUGCCCGCUUCCAGGUCAACAAUACUUGCCCACCCCAUGUGCAGCUCCUGCGAAAGCCAGUCCUCACAGUCAUGGGGCUGAUGGCCCUGCUGGAUGGAGAACAACUCUGGGCAAAGGUGUCAGAGGCUGGGGCUGUGUUGGACAGCAAUCACACAGUGGGUGUCCUGGCCAGCAUCCAUCGCCCCGAAGUCUCCUCAGAGGCCUGGCGUACCACGGUCCUGAUCUAUGCUAGUGAUGACAUCCAUGUACACCUCAACCGCAGUAUCCCCGUGACUCUUCACCUUCGCGGGGUACCCCCUGGAUUGGGGCUUGUCUAUGUAGUACACUACCUAGACAAUCAACUCUGCAGCCCCUACCGUGAGUGGCAGCACAUGGGUCAGCCAGUCUUCCCCACUGCAGAGCAGUUCCGACAUAUGCGCAUGGUGGAGGACCCAGUGGUUGAAGUACCACGUCCCUUCCCUGCUGGAGGCCACCUGACUUUACAUAGGAAGCUUUCUUUGCCAUCGCUUUUGCUGGUGCAUAUAUGCACACAACCCUUGAAGCCACCAGGGAAGGUUAGCCGGCUCCGUGCACUGCCCCUGACGCGUGGGCAGUUGGUUCUAGUCUGGUCGGAUGAGCAUGUGGGCUCCAAGUGCCUGUGGACAUAUGAGAUCCAGUUCUCCCAGAAGGGUGAGGCGUAUGCCCCAAUCAGCAGGAGGCCGUCUACUUUCAACCUCUUUGUGUUCAGCCCAGACACAGGUGUGGUUUCUGGCUCCUAUCGAGUGCGAGCAUUGGACUACUGGGCCCGGCCAGGCCCCUUCUCCGAUCCUGUGACUUACCUGGAUGUCCCUGCCUCGUGAGAGCCACUGGCUUGUAGUGACUGUAUCUUUCUCUACCUCAGCCUUGGAGUCUGUCUUUGUGGAUGAACACUACAGGGGGCACAGCUGCAGUGACCUUUGCCUGCCUUCCUCUCUCCUCCCAGAUGUUCAAAAGUUUAACUUUGGAACUAGGAAGAUGGCUCAGUGGGUAAAGUGCUUGCUGUGCAAACAUGAGGACUUGAGUUCUGAUAUCUAGCACUCAUGUAAAGGCCGGGCCUGGCGAUAGAUGCCUAUAACCCUAGUGUUGGUGGGAGCAACAGAGGCAGGCCAGGGUUCACUGCUAAUCUAGUCUCCCUGAAACGGCAAGCUCCAGGUCCAGUAAGAAAUCCUGCUUCAGAAAAAUCCAGUAGAGAACUAUAGAGAAGACACUCAAUAUUGAACUUUGGUCUUCUCUCUCUCUCUCUCUCUCUCUCUCUCUCUCUCUCUCUCU